AUGUCUCAUUUAGGGAGGCGAUUUAUGUCAGUCCUUUUCUCGACUGAUCCCAAUGCCACCUUAUCGAGCGAAAUCGUCCGAAACGAAGAGGCACGGCUGAAGCUGGCUUCCGCUCGUAUCGAGCAUCAUGAGAGGGAGAUGGAACAUGAGAGCAAAUUAAAAGCUUUGGAUGACCAAAUCAAGGAAAAACGCGAACAAUACGCCAAGCAAGCGAACCCAUUGUUGGAGGAAUUCAACGGCGUGGCCGUUGCGGAGCACUACUACGAUGAAAUCAAAAAUUUUUUCCUCAGUCAGCAUUCCAUGGCUGAGAGGCUGGCGAAGGAAGAGCUGGGUAACUUUGCAUACAUUAGCAAAAAGCUAAUAUCCGUCUCCUUGAAUUUCGAGGCGUUCCGACAGAAGUUGAGGUCAGGACGGCCGUUUAGAAAAGAGCUCCAGGCCGUGUUAGAUGAUGCCGAAAGUCAGGAUUUGAACUUCAUAUCGACUCCGCUUUUCGCGUUCGCGGAGGAUGGCGUUCCACGGUCGGAGAUAGUGCGCGCCGCCGCCUUCAACCUCGCGCACGCGAUCGAGGAAAUGGGCAAAACGCCCAUGCAGGAUCCCGUUCGCGGGUGGUUGGAUUUCUUAAAAUUCAGAACUACCUUCAGUCCUACUACGCUGCAGAUGAAUGAAACUUUAGCGCGCGGCAAGGCGCAGGUCUUUAUGCGGCAUAUUAACCUCGCGGAGUACCCCAAAGCGCUCAACGUCGCCGAUGAAGUUUUCCAUAACAUGAGCAAAGAGAAGGAUGCCACGUACGAUAGCUUUUUGGCCACCUACCGAAGCUUUCGGAAGGCAAUAUUUCCACACAUCGCGGCGGAUAUUUUUAAUAUGUAUGCUCAGUCUUCGCUGAAUGACUCCCGCUUUGCGUGUGUUGAGAGCAUGCUGAAGGCGUGA